ACAUUAUACAAACUUUCUUUCUGAUUAUGGUUCGCGUCGUUCUCGCAAGUUGCGAGGCAAGUGUCUAGCGAUUUUGGAUAGAUAUCCUUUAUUAAUGGCUGCCGUAUUCCGCAAUUGAAUGUGCACUUUAAUCAAACAUGAGUGAUUAUUCUUCUAUGGCUACGCUUCCGAAUAAUAGCCAAACGGCGGGAUUUGCGGCUGCUGUACAACGUGCUAGCUUGAUUGCGGCUAAAAUUAGCGGAGGAAGUAGCAAGAGGCCUCUUGAAGACGGACCGGAACCUAUUGCAAAAAAAUUGGCGCCAGUGGAUACAGUAUUUCCUCAACCACCACAACAACAACAACCACCAAUGAGCAGUGCAACAGCAGCAGUAGCGGCAGUGGCAGCGGCGCGCAUGGCGGCCAACCCCGCGCCCCCCGCACCGCCCUCCGGGCCCCCUAACAUGAUGCCUGACCAGCAGAUCAAUGAGUACAUUAGAGUGCCCGACAAGAUGGUUGGAUUAAUCAUAGGUCGUGGUGGUGAGCAGAUCACACGUCUGCAAGCAGAGUCAGGCUGCAAGAUACAGAUGGCACCAGACUCAGGCGGACAACCUGAUAGGCUUUGUACCCUUACCGGAUCUAGGGAAGCUAUUGCUAGGGCCAAGGAGCUGGUGAAUCAGAUAGUGAAUCACAGGGGGCGGGAGAAUGCCCCUCAGCACCAGGAUAUCCAGGGUGGAGGCCCGCCCAUGCCGCGAUCCGUCGGCGGCGGCGGUGGCGGACUCGCUAUAACUGAAGAAAUAACGCUUCCGGGGCCCAAAGUGGGUCUUAUUAUUGGCAAAAAUGGCAAGACCAUAAAACAACUUCAAGAGCAGUCCGGGGCUAAAAUGGUUGUUAUACAGGAUGGACCUAAUACUGAAUAUGAGAAACCACUUCGUAUAUCUGGUGAUCCGACCAAAGUGGAGAUUGCAAAGCAACUGGUGUACGAACUGUUAGCUGACAAAGACAUGCAGCAAGGAGGCCAGCGGCCACCGUACGAUGAUGGGUACUCACAGGAUCAAGGCAAUGGACUUGGCACUAACGCUACUGAGGUGUUAGUACCAAAGAUAGCAGUGGGUGUAGUAAUAGGACGCGGUGGUGACAUGAUUAAGAAGAUACAAGCGGAGACAGGCUGCAGGGUGCAAUUCCAUCAGGAGAGGGACGACGGACCUGGAGACAAAAGAUGUUACCUACAAGGCAAACCUCACCAAGUGGAUCAGGCCAGGCAAAUGAUUGAAGACCUCAUCGCCAGCGUCACUCGUCGCGAGCAGGAUGUGCGUGCGAUGCGGGGUGCUGGCGGCGGCGGCGGCGGUAGCGGCGGCGGAGCGGGGGGCGGCGGCGGUGGGCGGGGCGCGCGGAAUGGUGACCGCGACUAUCAGUGGCAGGACACACCCGAGAUGCGCGUCACAUUCACCAUAUCCAAUGUCAAGUGCGGACUCAUCAUUGGCAGGGGUGGUGAGGUGAUAAAGCAAAUAAACGCGCAGUCGGGCGCGCACUGCGAGCUGGACCGGCGCGCGCAAGGCGGCGACCGCAACAACCGCACCUUCUACAUCCGCGGACACCCCGAUGCCGUUGAGCACUGCAAGCGCAUCAUCAUGGAGAAAGUCGGCAUGCCAGUAACUUUCAUCCCUGAGGGUAAUGGCAACGGAGGCAAUGGCGGCGGGUCGGGUGGCGGUGGUCCCGGUGGCAACGGUGAUAUGUACGGUGGGCCCGCAUCAGGCCCGCCCGCCUGGGGGUACAACCCGCAUUGGCACCAGCCCGCGCAGCAGCAACAAACUCAGCAACAAGUAAACAUCAAUCCGGUGACUGGUCAGCCAGACUACUCGCAGCAGUGGAUCGACUACUACCGGUCGCUAGGACUGAUGCGCGAGGCAGAGGCCAUAGAGCAGCAGGCAAAGCAGCAGCAACAGCAGCAGCACCAGCCGCAGCAGCCAGGGCCAUCAUCGAGUCCUCCUAGCGGCGUGUCAAGCGGCGGCGGCGGGAGUACACCGGGUGGUGCGGGCGGCGCAGGGGGUGCGGGGGGCGGGGGCGCGGACUACAGCGCUCAGUGGGCGGAGUACUACCGCGGUAUAGGCAAGCUCAAGGAGGCUGAGGCUAUCGAGGCGCAGAUGAAACUUAAGGAACAAUAUCAGCAGCAGCCGACUCCUACUUCGACGGCGGCUCCGACGCCCUCCCCUGCGGCGCACUCGCCCGCCCCCGCGCCCUCCGUGCAGUACAACGCGCACUACCCCAUGUACCCGCCCGGCGCGCCCGUCUACCCCGGCUACGCGCCCUACCCCUACCCCGGUGCGCCCGAACAUCAGCAGUAAGCGCAGAAGGAGCGAGCCCGUAAGCGCACCCGAAGAGAACUCUCCGUACUAGAUUGUAACUUUAUGUCGCAUACUAUCGCGGAAGCGAAGCGGAAUACAUGCGAAAUUUGAUGUAAUUUUUCUAGAUUUGGGACUUUUCUGUGUUCCGUUUUAGUGUCUCGGUGUUUUACAGGCAGUAAGCUUAAUAUUGGUUUCGUUUCGCUUUCGUGUAUGUGUGCACAUGUCUUAAUAUAAGCGAAUCCGUUUCCACUGUCGACCGUCAACCCGCAAUAAAUAGUUUUUUUUAACACAUAAAAUUUUGGACAUAUUUUAUUUCUUGUGGGGUUUAGACAGUUGUGUACUACGACUUGUUAUUUUUGAGAUUAUAACCGAUUUUUUUUUAAAUAACAUACUUGUGUUUAUGAAUUUGUCAUCGGCUGUGUGGUGUAUUUGUAUUAUUAAUUACGGAAUAUAUUUAUUGUCACCUGAUUGGUACUGUGUUGUGUGGAUACUGAUGUGUGUCAUGCCAGUCUGUACAGGUUUAAAGUAAUGCCACACUGCCUUUAAAGAUGUAAUACGACGGAGCUAUAAAGUGAGAGAGAGACGGAAACGGAAAAAAUAGUGAUACUUCGCCGCUGAGGAAUGGAGGUAAAUGCACUAUUGAGUGAAUUAGAUACACACACUAUUACAUUAUAAUUGUGGACUUUCACGGAUAUUUUCAUAUGUAAUCUUCGCUUCCCAAUUGUGAAGGACGACGAUUCUAGAUUUGGUAGGAUUUUUUUAUAAAAUUAAGGGUUCGUUCCACUAAAACGGAACAGGUACUUA